UGGAUACACGUUGGUUACAAGUUUCAUGUUGGUGUUCUCAAUUGCUUUGGGUCUGAACAGUUUUGUGAAUUUAUUGUAAAAUCUUCCAAUAUUCGCUUGGUGUGUUCCAGUGUUGCUGGGGUUCCAGUGAGAUGCACAAUACAAGUCCGGAGGGGCAAUACCGUGCCAAUGGUGCCCAUAACCAGGAACGGGUUGCUAUUCUGGAUGCUGGUGCACAGUAUGGCAAAGUGAUUGAUAGGAGGGUGCGUGAGUUGUGUGUGGAGAGUGAAAUCCUGCCCCUUGAUACUCCAGCUUUUACCUUGAAGGAGAAGGGCUACAAAGCAAUCAUAAUUUCUGGAGGACCAAAUUCUGUGUACGCAGAGGAUGCACCUCGGUAUGAUGCAGACAUCUUCCGGAUAGGAAUUCCUGUUUUAGGUAUAUGCUAUGGUAUGCAGAUGAUGAACAAGGAGUUUGGUGGGCAGGUGAUCAGGAGGGAAGGAAGAGAAGAUGGGCAGUUUAACAUAGAGGUGGAUUGCAAGUGUUUGCUAUUUAAGGGACUAGAUAAAGUACAAAGAGUUCUGCUCACACAUGGCGACAGUAUAGAGAAGGUUGCUGAUUGUUUUCGUGUUGUUGCAGCAUCAGGUUCUUUCCCUUCAAGUAUAGCUAAUGACAAGCUGCGCCUUUAUGGGGUCCAGUUUCAUCCAGAGGUUGACCUUACAACAAAUGGAAAGACCAUGAUAAAGAACUUCCUUUUUGACAUCAGUGGUUGUACAGGCAACUACACCAUGAAAGGCAGAGAAAUGGAAUGCCUCAAGUACAUCAAGGAAACUGUUGGUAGCAACAAAGUUCUGCUGCUGGUGAGUGGAGGUGUGGAUUCGACUGUGUGCGCUGCGCUGUUGCAUAAAGCCCUGUGUGAGGAUCAGGUGAUAGCUGUUCACAUAGACAAUGGUUUCAUGCGCAAGAACGAGAGCCAGAGAGUGGAGCAGUCCCUUGAGAAGCUGGGUCUCAGGUUGAGAGUGAUCAAUGCAAGCCAUCAGUUCCUGCAUGGCACCACGACUGUCCCCCUGGACAAACGAGAUCCCAACUCCAGGACACGUGUUACAAAGAUUCUCAGCAUGACAUCAAACCCUGAAGAGAAGAGGAAAAUUAUUGGAGAUGUCUUUGUUAAGGUAGCAAAUGAAGUGAUCUCAGAGCUGAACCUUAAACCGGAAGAAGUAUUCCUGGGGCAGGGUACCUUGAGGCCCGACCUGAUCGAGUCUGCAUCACAUCUUGCUAGUGGCAAAGCGGAUGUGAUCAAAACACACCACAAUGACAGUGAGCUCAUCAGGCAGCUGCGAGAUGAGGGGCGAGUUGUUGAGCCAUUGAAAGACUUUCACAAGGAUGAGGUACGGAUGUUGGGCAGAGACCUUGGUCUCCCACCGGACCUGGUGAUGCGGCACCCAUUUCCAGGUCCAGGCCUUGCCAUAAGGGUGUUGUGUGCUGAGGAGGCCUACAUGGAACGGGAUUUCUCAGAGACACAAGUUCUUGUGAAAAUCAUUGCAGAAUAUGACCAAAUGCUACAAAAGAAGCAUGCAUUGCUGAACCGUGUGGAGAGUGUGACAAGUGAAGACGAGAGGUUAGAGCUCAGGAAAGCCUCAAACAAGCAGCAUCUGGCAGCCACACUUCUGCCUAUUCGGAGUGUUGGUGUGCAGGGAGACUGUCGCAGCUAUAGCUAUGUGGUGGGACUGUCCAGUGAGAAGGAGCCAGACUGGGAUGACAUGCUAUUCUUGGCUCGUCUCAUUCCUAGGGUUUGUCACAAUGUGAACCGGGUAUGCUAUAUAUGGGGUGGAUUGGUACGUGACCAGGUGCUGGACAUCACACCUACAUUCCUAACUUCGAAUGUGCUGAGCACACUCCGGCAGGCAGACCAUGUAGCCAAUCAGGUGUUGGCCUCAUCAGGCUGUGUCAACUCCCUCAGUCAGAUGCCAGUUGUGCUGAUUCCUGUGCAUUUUGACCGUGACCAAAUGUUGCGGAUUCCCUCAUGUCAGCGUUCGAUCGUGCUCAGGCCUUUCUGUACUCAUGACUUCAUGACAGGAGUACCAGCCGUCCCAGGACGAGAACUGCCUGUAGAUGUUGUCCAGAGGAUGGUGAUGGAGAUACUGACAGUUCCGGGUGUGUCUAGAGUUCUAUAUGACCUGACAGCAAAGCCUCCUGGUACAACUGAAUGGGAGUGAUGUUGUGCAUUAAGCUUAAUAGCAUUUUAUACUAAGCUGUGUGUGACGCUCAUGGGAUGUGAGUGUGGUGCAUCUGUUGUGAUAUGUUCACGUACAUCUGCGAUGUUGGUACUAUGUGAGACAAGUCAGGCUAGUAUUUCAUACUGUGCCUGAGGCUUAGCUGUUUGGAUUAUUUGCGACAAAUUACACUUUUUCAACGAGAAAGCGCAGUUGGAUGAAUUAUACUGCAUUUUUUAAACCAAAAUUGUUGGGGGGAAGGGGCAGAGGGACAGGAGGGAUAUUUUAAUGUAUUUUUUCACUACAUCAUUCCUACCAGAUGACACUAGUUGUUAGGGUGCGGUGCAGUGUGUAUAUGUAUUCCUGUAUUUAUUUGACAUCUGGGAGCUGCAUUGUCACAUGCCUUGUAGUACAGUCAUGCCCACACCGCUGUCUCACCACAAGGUGAGUGUUUUCCAGUGUACAGGUUGGACCAGUCAUGUUAGGGUCCACAGAAUGUGCUCUUUGGGUUUCAGAAGAACAUACUUUAAGAAUUUGUGUUCUUAGAUGUAUCCCAUCAGUUCAUACCACUCCAAAAAUUUCAUAGAGCUUUGCUGACCUCAGUCUUUUCACAUGUAGCUGUAGGACCACAAUGGAUUUUGUCUUCUAACAAUAUCAUUACAGUGAUACCACAUUUAACCUUUAAACGACUAAAGACACCGUAUGUCGUCGCAGAUAUAAAGGCAGCGGUACGAAUGACGCCAUGUGGUGUCGCACAGUCCGCGUGUGCGGACGUUAUUUUAAAAUACAUGUUUAAGGUAGAAAAUAAUGUCCUACUUAUAUAAUUUUUGGCCACCAUCUGCAUGGAGUGUCUGUCUUCCCACCUGCGUCAUCUGCUGGAAUGUUGCCUUCGUGUGGAAUUCUAAAAAAAAUCCGGAAGUGCCGAGUCCGAUUUCGCACUUCACGCACUUUCUCCGGACGAUUUUUCGUUUCCCACGCGAAAAGAACACACGACACCUCAAUUGCGAAG